AUGGGUUGUGAGAAUAUUGAAGGCUCCUUAGUACACUAAUUGAUAGAAAAAGCAGUAAAUACAAUGAAUAAAGGAAAAACAAUUUACAAAGUGCAAAACAUUGGAGUCAAUAAGCAUAGAUCUAAGUAUAAUCAAGAGAUGAUUAAUUAGGCAGCCAAUGAACUCCAUUGGUUUAAUCAUUUCUUUGGCUACACAUAAAUGGAUGGGAAUGAUGAGAAUAGUUUUGAUGUUUUCUAAUAUGAUGAAGAAACGAAGAAUUAAGAAAUUUAUUUACAAUAUCUUAAUCACAAUAAGUAAGCGAUGAAACAAUCGCUCAAUGGGCACCUUGAAAAUUGGUUUACGACAUAUAAGCCUGGAAAAAUACUGGAAAAUCAUGCUGGAUUCCAAGGUGUCAUUAACUUGCCGUGA